AUGUCUUCACUCCUUUCAUUGGCACCAGGGAAAGUAAGCGCACUGAAGUCUGUUCGUUGGUUUGGAGCAGCAGAUAUAUUUGCAAUUUUUAGAAGUAGCGACACGUUUGAUCGAAUCUCGAGAGUCGGGAAAAGUCAAGACUGUCUACUGGAAAUAAAUAAUAAGAUUUGAGAUGUUAUUGGACAUUAAACACAUCCUCUGGUUGGUCUGUGCCUGCAGUGCUUUAACCCAGGAUGAUACGGCCCAUAGGAUGAAGUUAGAGAAGAGUCCUCCAGUCCGGGGCUCCCUUGCGGAGCAGGUGGUUCUGCCCUGCCAUUUCUCCAUCCUACCACCCCCGACUGGCACCUCCACCAUCUCAAGUACCACCACAUCUGCUGCGGCCACGGUAUCCAGCACCCAUCUCGAUCAUCUCCGCAUCAAGUGGACUAAACUGGAGGGCGAUACGGAAACCACUGUGCUAGUGGCCCAGAAUGGAUUCAUUAAGAUCGGGCAGGAGUUUAAGGGCAGGGUUUCAGUGCCCAGCUACCGCGAGGACGUGGGCGACGCAUCUCUGACAUUAGCGAGGCUCAGAGCAAGCGAUGCGGGGCUUUAUCGCUGUGAAGUUAUGCACGGCAUUGAGGACACUCAAGAUUCAGUCUCCUUGGAUGUCAGCGGUGUUGUGUUUCACUACCGGGCCAACAGCAAUCGCUACACUUUAGAUUUUGAGCAUGCUAAACAGACCUGUGUUGAUGUGGGUGCAACCAUCGCCACGUUUGAGCAGCUAUAUUCAGCCUACGAGGACGGAUUUGACCAGUGCGAUGCCGGAUGGCUGGCGGACCAAACUGUCAGAUAUCCAAUAGCAAAGCCACGGGAAGGUUGCCAUGGAGAUAUGAUAAUGAAGCCAGGAGUUCGAUCAUAUGGACUCAGAGAUCCCUCUGAAACUUAUGAUGUAUUCUGUUAUGUUGGAAAACUACUGGGUGAGGUAUUUUACCCGGCAAAUUAUGGUAAGAUGACUCUAGAUGAAGCCAAGGAGGCUUGUGAGAGAGAGGAUGCCAUUUUAGCAGGACCAGGUCACCUGCACGCAGCCUGGAGGGAAGGCAUGGACCACUGCAACUUCGGCUGGCUGUCAGAUGGCAGUGCACGCUACCCUAUCUCUGUACCCAAAAUACAGUGUGGCAGAGGACAGCUGGGUGUCAGGACUAUGUACCGCUUCCUCAACCAAACAGGAUUUCCCUUACCAAGUGAAAAGCUUGGAGCUUUCUGCUUCAAAGCAAGGGAGCCCACAACACCACCUACAUCUGUGCCCACAACAAGGCCUACAACAGCUCCGAUUCCUAUGAUCAACCUUCCAAUCGCUUCCCUUAGACUGACCCCUUCUACACCAUCCCAUGACUCCACAGAUGAGCCCCCAUCCAUGUUUUCUGCAAGCAUGGCUCCACGCCACAAAGCCACCCCUGAGGCCUUCACAUCUGCUGUAGCCAUCACUUUUGCCCCACCUGAAGAAAUAACAUUCAAAGACUAUGAAGAUAAGGACAAUGCCUUGUUGCAAGCACUACCCAAUGCUGGUGAUCCUCUCUUACCUGAUCAGCUAUCCUCAAUCACCACCACAACUGUAAUGCCCCAUUAUCCAGAUUCAAUUUUUUCCAUCCAGCUACCCCAUCAGCCCACAACAGGACGCAGACACCCUGGGAUGGAUACUCCUCAUGGGGAAUACAGUGAGAGUAGCGCUGAGGGUAGCAGCAGCGGGGACAUGGACACAGCUAAGAAUGCCAUUCCUACUUUGACUACUGUGUUUGUUACAGACAACCAACAAGACCCAACAAAAUCAGCCAUCAUGUACAAAGAGGAUGAAACCAUAGCAAAUAUGACUCAAGAACGUUUAAGUGAAGCGGUCAUACAUGGCGAGAACACAGAAGCUAAAAAAGAUGUUGACACGGAAAAACAGUUUCCAGUCCAAAUCUUCUAUGUCAAUCUCCAUGAGAAUAACCACUCAGUUGAUGGUGUUAUCCAAUUUAUUCAAGGAUCAGACCAACCCUCUUCUCUUCAUCCAGGCCUUCUGUCCACUAAAACUGAGUCUCCUUUGGGCAGUGGAGAGUAUGAUUUAUAUCCCCCAGCUUCUGCAACUAUCACCCCAGAAUUGAGUUUCAUCAAUGGAAAACACGAGCUAACUCUGAAACCGGACAUUGAGCGGACUCAGGAGGCGAGAGGAGACCAGUUUGACACCGCCAUUCCGGCAACGGAAAAAACUGUCCAUAGCUAUGAAAGAUACAGUAUUACAGAGGAGGCUGAGGGUGUCAGUUAUUCUCCUGAGAUAGGUGAAUCUGGCUCAACAGCUAGAAGCCCAGUCGAGCCCCAAAUCACAACAACGGAGAGCUCUGGAAGUAAAACCAUGACAGAGUUUUCCACAUUUGCAACCAAAUCUCCAAGCCAUGAGAUGCCCUUAAAAGCCAUAACCAAUAGAAUGCAGACAUACGUAGAGGGUUCGGGAAUGCAAACAACAGAUGAUGAAGAGGAACUGAGCCCUACAGAAGGUUCUGCGGAUGAUGCGCUACCAACAAUGACAUCUCAGGUCUCUGAUUUUGUAGCUACCGAUGAGACAGAAAUAGCUGAACAAAAUCAGACUACAAAUAAAUUUGUGGUGGAUGGUUCCACCAAGGCACCAUUUAUUACAUUAAAAACAACUCUAGAACCCAGCACUGUUGGCAGAAAAAUGCAGCCAUUUAUAGAAGAUUUUGAGGGAUCCACCUCAACUGAAGAGGAGGGAUCAGGACAAGAUUUAAAUCGAACCAAAGAACCACAAAACCUAACUCAAUCGCAGUCUUUUACUGUUUCAUCUCACAUCUUUACAAGUUCCUUAAAAAGUACUGAUCCCAAUGAGCCAAGGCACCCCAUUAGUUUGGAUGUGCUGAUUGCAGAACCCACAAUACGUAUUGUUUUAACUUCUCAGAAGGAGGAAAUCUUAGAAGAAGAAACACAAACAAAAUCUCUUUCAAUGUCUACAGAGUCAUUUUAUACUGAAAACUCUAGCAGUGGACAAGACCAAAGGACCAACAAAAGUCCUUUAUUGGUGCCUGAGUUUGACAAGGAUGCAAACACAAAUUUCACAAUCACUGAGAACAUGAGCUCUGGUGAUCAGCCAACUGAAGCAUACUCACAGAAACCGUUCACUGCUGCUGUUACUACUGUGCCAUCCCUUUACAUCCAGAAAACUGAAGAAACAAGGAAGAAUUCUGCUGAUGAUGAAACAACUAUAUUAUUUGAAGGCUCUGCAGAAGAACCAACACCAUUGACUUUCACUUCUGUCCAAACUCAGACAAGGACCCAAUUCACAACCCAAACACCAAUGACCACCAUUCUGCCCAAUGAUGGUUUUAGAGCAACCACUUCCAUGCAGUCAUCCGAUACUUCAGAGGAGACGAUUCAAGAUAUGUCACUUUCUCCAUUUGGAUACACAACUGAAAAACCUCUCACCUCUUCUAUUCCAGUUUCUCACCUCCACGCCUUCCGUCUUUCUACAGAGCCACAUGUGCAUGAGCCAGUCCAGGUCUUGGGUAGGGGAACCACUCAGUCUACUGCUACAGAAGAAAUUCUCACCACCCCACAAGCCAAAACUACUGUGGCAUUUGAGGAGGAUAUUGUAGAUUAUGACACUGUGACAGGUUCCUCAAUUGUUGAAGGAGAACCACCAUCCAGGGAAGUGUUCACCUCAAGAAAACCAGAACAUUGGACUGCUGCCAGUUACACUGUUGAGAGCCACAUGUUUAAUUUUCAAGGCCUCACACUUUGCUCAGUCAGUGUGUGCGAGAAUGGUGGAACAUGCUUUUCUAAUGGAAAAGGAAACACUUGUGUCUGCAUGCCUGGAUUCAGUGGAGAACACUGUGAAAAUGACAUUGACGAAUGCCAGUCGAACCCUUGUCGCAAUGGAGCUACAUGCAUUGAUGGGUUAAAAUCUUUCAGCUGUAUCUGUCUGCCCAGCUAUUCAGGAGCACUUUGUGAACAAGAUACAGAGGUUUGUGACUUUGGCUGGCACAAGUUUCAGAGCCACUGCUAUAAAUACUUCACGCACCGGCGCACCUGGGAAGCGGCAGAAAGAGAGUGUCGUAUUCAGGGCGGUCAUCUCACCAGCGUCCUGUCUCACGAGGAACAGCUCUUUGUAAAUCGAAUGGGACAUGACUACCAGUGGAUUGGGCUGAAUGAUAAAAUGUUUGAUUACGAUUUUCGCUGGACAGAUGGCAGCCCGAUGCAAUUUGAGAAUUGGAGAGUGGGUCAACCGGACAGCUUCUUCUCCACGGGUGAGGACUGCGUAGUGAUGAUCUGGCAUGAGAACGGCCAAUGGAAUGAUGUGCCAUGCAAUUAUCACCUGACCUUUACCUGCAAAAAGGGCACAGUUUCCUGCGGGCAGCCACCUAUCGUAAAGGAUGCCAAUAUAUAUGGCAGCAUGAAGCCACGCUAUGAGAUUAACUCCCUGGUGAGGUACCACUGCAAGAACGGUUUCAUCCAGAGACACGUUCCCACCAUCAGAUGCAGAGGAGAUGGCCACUGGGACAAUCCCAAAAUCACAUGCUUAAAUCCAUCAACCUACCAGAAGACGUAUGCUCACAAAUAUCAAAACAAUAACUUUUACAACAAUAGUAAGAGACGCUACAAUGAGAACAGUCUUCGCUGGUCAAAAACAGCAGAUGACUCCCUACACUGAUCUCCAACCGGAACAACAGAUGCUUCAUAUCAACACAGAGAAAAUCUUCAGUCUAAAGGGAUGAAGCCAAACUAUGUGCCUGAUGAAUGUUUUAGAGAUGAGAAUUGAAUUACCCUGAGAGACUGCAACCCCCCCCCCCCCCACCCCACAUCAUCACCCAUCCACUGAGAGAGUGUACUUUCUUACUUUGACUAUGCAACAGUCUAAAGCACGUAUUGUAUUAAUGUCUUAAUUUUUCAAAUGGGGGGGGGGGGGGUGCUCUGGUUGUAAUGUAUUAUAGUAAAGAAGUUGAACAUGAAAUUAAAAACAGCUGUGAAUUGUGACUUUUGUUAUUUUUUUAAUUGAUCCGUAACUUUCACUUAUGAAGAACUGGAUCUCCUUUAAGAAAGCACAAUUAUGGUACGCAUAGAGUAUAAACAGAACAAUUACAGUAAGCAUUUACAAAGAAUAACAGAACAAAAGGCUUUAUAUUGUUUAACAUUGGUAGGGUAGGGAGGGUUUCAAAAGGCAUGUCACGGGGUUUGAAGAAAAACAAUGCUGAAAGGAUUGUCUGGAAACCAUGACUGGAAAACAAAUCUUCAACAUUGUCUUCCUCUUCAGUACCCUGGUUAUCCGAAAGAUUAUACCAAACCAUUGUACACUCUCAUUAUCAUAUUCACAUAUCAAAAUAUAUAUUUGAGGUGUUUUGUGUUUUUUUUUUUUAAGAUUUGGGUUUGUAAUAGAUAACCAUUUUUACUUUUUUAAAUGAAUGUCAUGGUAAAAUAUGAAUACUGUAUGUGUGGUUGAAUGAGCUAGCCUUUUUGUUGGACAUUAUUACAACUACAUCAAGCCAUAGAAGUUAAUUUAUUUCUGAAGAUACCGAUGUACCGAGAUAACAAUGAAUGAACUGUGAUAUUUUGAAUAAUAAAGUGCUAUUAAAAUCUUA